AUGGCAAGUAUGGAUCAUCACAGUGAAAUAAGGAUUCUAUUGAUGGGCAAGUCCGGCAGUGGGAAGAGCUCGGUCGGAAACCUGUUACUUGGACAAAAAGUAUUUCAAGUUAGCAAAACUUGUAUAACAAAAACAAAACAGAGUCAGUUAGCAAGCCGUACACUAGAAGAUGGCAGAGUAUUAGUUAUAGUUGAUACACCAGGUUAUUGUAAUAGUCACCUGACAGAAGAGGAAACUCAGAAAGAAAUAGACAGAGGAAUGGAAUUACUAGCACCUGGUCCCCACAUUAUUAUAUAUGUUCAAAGUGUACGUCAGUGUCUGACAUCAAGUGAUGUUGAAAUACUACAGACUAUGACAGAGAAGAUGGAAUUUUACAGUAACCAUUUCUUCAUACUUUUUUCUGGAAUUGAUGAGCUCGACACAACUGUACAGACUCUACCUGAAUAUGUACAGAAAUAUAACCAAUUUGCCAAGCUUCUGAAACAACAAACACCAGUUCAUGUCUGCAGUAAAGGGUUUAAUGAUAAUACCCAGUUCAACUUAUUGAUUCACGCUAUAACAAUGCACUAUGAAAUGAAUAGACAUCGUCAUCUGGAGCUGGAAAAGUGCAUAAUUGAGAAACCCAACCCAGUUGCUUUGGCAGAAAUAAUGGAGACAGACGCUGCAGCCAAGCCAACAAUAAAUGACACAAGACAUAUUAUUUUACUUGGUAAGAGUGGAAUUGGUAAAAGUUCGCUUGGUAAUUAUUUGCUGGGAGCCAAGAAGUUCAAGACAAGUAUAAUGGAAGAGAGAAGAACCAAGGAAUGCCAUAUCGAGCUAACAGACCACAUGGUAGUAAUGGAUACUCCUGGAUUUUUCUCAACGCUCCGGUCAGAUGUGGACGUCGCUAAAGAAAUUAUGAACACUAUAAAAGUAAAUAGAUUGUUGAUACAUAUCUAUAUUUUGGUUCUGAGUGCUGACGAAAGAUUUUCAGGCGAUGAAAAAGAGUCAUUAGAGUUUAUAAAGAAACUGUUUGGAGAAAAUGUUAUUAAAAAUUUGAUUAUAGUUUUCACUGGAAAAGAUUCCUUAGAAGAUGAUGAAUUUCAGUUUCCAAGAUGUCUACCACAGCUUCCUUAUUUUAUACUCGAUUGCAAAGAUAGAAAACAAGAAGUGGUGGAGGAGAUUCGGACAAAAAUCUGCAGUGAGAAAUAUAAUAAUAUCCCUGCUGUAUUUGAUGUAGACCAUGUAGAUUGGACUGCUAUUGAAAAAGAAGAAAGACGUCGUAAAGACUCUGCGAAACUGGAUGUUGAUAGCUAUAUGAAUGCUGUACAAUCAAGUUUAGGCAUGACACAAUCAGAUGUGAAGAGUACGCCGAAACAAAAGAAAUCAUUUUUCAAAAGGUUAUUUUAAUGCCCUGUUUUCAAUGUGGGAAACAAGUGCCCUUAAAGUGGAACCCAAGGUGUCUUUUAGACAAUUUGAAAAUAUAGUGAUUAACAAUAAUUAACCUGUCAUUCACGUUUGACAGUGACUACAACCCUCUUCCUUUCUCCUUUGACCACACAAACCACAAUUUUGAUGUGUCCUAUGAUUCAAUUUUUUAACUCUGUUAUCUUAUCAAAUGAAUUAGUGCGGAGCCCCUUAAGCGCAAUUUUCAACACUUUUUAUUAUUAUUAUAAUAAUUUAUUUCGUAUAAACGAAUUAAUUAAUUCGUUUAAACGAAUUAAUUUUUUCGUCUAUUUCGUUUAAACGAAAUAAUUGAAAUAUUAUUUCGUUUAAACGAAAUAAAUGAUGUUAUUUCGUUUAAACGAAUUAAUUAUUUCGUUUAAACGAAAUAAUAAAUAAAUAUGUUUACAAUUGCGCCUUAGGGGCUCCGUAAAUUAGUGACAAUCAUUCAUUUUGGCUUCUAUCUUUGUGAAAAUGCAGUGUGAGUCAUAUUUUUGCUUUUGUAAAUAGAUAUAUCGGAUAAUGGAAAUACCGUGAAAGCCAUUCCCCGAGAAUUUUAUAAUACAAAUAGCAAUAUUAAACGUCAAGGUUUAGUAGCCUAUCAACUAACUAAGAAUAAUAAUGUAAAUACCGAGAAAGUUAAUCUCGGAGAAUGAUUUUGUGAAAAGUGAAUGAUUUAUUAAAAUAUCAUCUGUACUUUGAAUCGUUGAAUAUCAGAGAUAAAUUAGAUAUGAAAAUAAAAAUUCAUUAAAAUUCUU